AUCAGUCCCGGUGACGCUCCUCUCACAGCCAGCAUGUGCAGCAGUAGCAGCUGGAGCUAAAGCUAAAGCUAAAGCUAAAACCCGAACCAGCAGCAGCUCUAAACCCGCAGCCCGAACCCCGAACCCCGGACCCGGUAUGGGUAAGAAGAAGAGCACGGGCCUGGGCAGGGCCCUGAUUAAAGAGAGACUCGGAGCGGCGCGGGGGAACCGGAGGAACGAUACCUGGCUUCACACCAGUGAACUGAAUGAUGGAUAUGACUGGGGUCGUCUGAAUCUUCAGUCUGUGACCGAGCAGAGCUCACUGGAUGAUUUCCUGGCCACGGCUGAACUCGCUGGAACUGAAUUUAUUGCAGAGAAGCUGAACGUGAGGUUUGUACCGCCUGAAGCCCGGACUGGAUUACUAACAGCCGAAGAGUCCAAAAGACUGAAGAAGCUCCAUGAAGACAACAGACAGUUCCUUCGGAUCCCACGAAGACCUCCGUGGGAUGAAAGUACGAGCCCCGAGGUUCUCCAGCAGACUGAAAGAGACACUUUCCUCACAUGGAGACGAGAUUUGGCGAGGCUGGAGGAGGAACAGAAGUUGAUUCUUACACCUUUUGAGAGGAACUUGGAUUUUUGGAGGCAGCUCUGGAGAGUCAUUGAGAGAAGUGAUGUCGUGGUUCAGAUUCUUGAUGCCAGAAACCCUCUUCUGUUUCGCUGUCCAGAUCUAGAGAAAUAUGUAAAAGAGGUGUCCGGUCAGAAGGUUAACAUGCUGCUUUUAAAUAAAGCUGAUCUCCUCACUCGAGAACAGCGACGGACCUGGGCCAGGUACUUCCAGAAAGAAGGUAUCAGAGCCGUGUUCUGGUCCGCUCUGGCUGAGGCAGCCCGACUGGAGGCUGAAGAAAAGGGAGAAGAUGUGGUUGAGGAUGAGGAGAUGAGUGAUCCAGAAGCUUCAGUCAGCUACAGUGAAACUGAAGGAUCAGCGACGAAUAGUAACGAAAAGGAAAUGAAAAACAAUAAUGAGAAGGAAGAGGAGGAGGAGGAGGAUGAUGAAGAAGAGAGUAUAGAGGAGAUUUUUGAGGACUGUACCUCAGAAGCAGACUGGCAGACCUGCUCAGAGGCGUCAGGAGACGAAGGAGAGGAAGGAGCACACAAAUCAUCUUCGUUUUAUAACUCCAGCCGUCUGCUGCACAAAGACGAGCUGCUGGAAAUGUUUAAAUCUGCACAUUCUGGACCCACAUGCAAGGAGGGACAGCUGACCGUCGGACUGGUUGGUUAUCCUAAUGUUGGCAAAAGCUCCACUAUCAACACCAUCUUCCAGAAUAAGAAGGUGUCAGUAUCGGCUACACCUGGACACACUAAGCACUUUCAGACUCUGUUUGUGGAGCCCAGCCUCUGCCUGUGUGACUGUCCUGGUCUGGUCAUGCCUUCCUUCGUGUCGACCAAAGCUGAAAUGAUCUGCAGUGGGAUUCUCCCCAUCGACCAGAUGCGAGACCACGUCCCAGCUAUUUCCCUCGUUUGUCAGACGAUCCCAAGAACCGUGCUUGAGGGAACGUACGGCUUCAACAUCAUCAGACCAAGAGAGGACGAAGACCCUGAUCGCCCACCCACCGCUGAGGAGCUGCUCGCUGCGUAUGGAUGUAUGAGGGGCUUCAUGACAGCACAUGGUCAGCCGGACCAGUCCAGAUCAGCCCGAUACGUUCUGAAAGAUUAUGUUAGUGGAAAGCUGCUCUACUGUCACCCUCCUCCCCACAUUAACCCUGAAGACUUCCAGCCUCAGCACGCCAAGUUUUCCUGCCCCUCUGCUCAGAGUGAUCCCUCUAACUGCACCAUCGGGUCUUCAAAAGUCAAACGGAUCGAGAAUUCUGUAGAUAAACACUUCUUUCAUCAGGAAAAUGUUCGGGCUCUAACCAAGGGUGUGCAGAUGGUGAUGGGCUACAGGCCGGGCUGCGGUCCUGUGAAACAAGGACAAGCUGGAUCAGAACAGCCUGUUGGAAAGCCGUGGAAAAAACACGGCAACAGGAAUAAGAAGGAGAAAGUGAGAAGACUCAAUAAGCACCUGGACUCCUGAAUGCUGCCGUGUCCAGCGUAAAUGUGGGACAUUAAUUAAAGAGACACUGGGUGGUUAAUGUGUUCAUGGAAAAUCUUUUGCUUUCCAAAUGCAACAUUUUUCAGAUUUUUCAGACUUUUUCUGGUGAUCAUUCCAUCGUUAAAACAGCAAUUUCCACAGUUAUUUCAAUUACAUUGUAAUUUAAUGUAUUAAAACAUUUAUACAGUCUGAAUGCAGACACGUUGCAGAAACACCAAUCAAACCAUUAAACUAUAUUAAUAAGAAAUUACCUACUGUUGGGAGGGGAAAAAGGGCAGAAAAUAAUGCUUUGCAAGAUGUCCAAAGAAAUAUCAAAAAAAAAAAGACAGGUACUCCUUGAGCAUGGGUGAAUCAGUCUCAACGUUGCUGUGCAGUUCAUAUAGAUAAAAAUAUAAAUAGGCAGGUAACACUUUACAAUAAGAUACUUGCAGUACUUAUGCUAGAAUAUGUAUUAUAUACAACAUUCUUAAGGAUUUAAUCAUUAAGUAGUGUCUUAACAGGUGUCAAAUAAAUAGUUAAGAGAUUACUUAACCAUUUAACAAAGUUUAUUGCUGUCAUAUUUGCAUGUUUUUUUUUUAUCCUUUUUGUGAAGUACUACCAAGUGGCCUUUAUUAACACACUGCCCCCUAUUGGUCAGGAAGAAAUUUUUAAGGGCAACAUUUUUUUUUUUUUUUUACAAUUUACAAAUCAUCGUUGAUGCUUGAAUUAACGUUGAAUUGGUGUUGAUUUUGGUGUUGAUUUUGGUGUUGAUUUUGAAAAGUAAAUCAACGUUGAUAUUGUUGUUUCAUCGUUGUAUUCUCAACCUUUAAUAAACCAUAGAUCACUAAAAGUAGAAAAUCCUAGGGUAAACAGAUUAUUAAUAAUAAACUAACAUCACUGAAGUAAAGCAGAGAAUUAAGAAAGUUACCCACCACCACUAUCAAUCUGAUUUAACAUCUGAUCUGAAAACACAGCAGUAAAACUAGUAGAACAUAAACAUUACCCCAGGUAUGGUGACGAAUUGGUGUUAAAUUAAAAAGCAGUUUACAAAUGAAAUGUAAAAUUUACUGAUGAUCAGUGAUGGUUUAGAUAAAGAGACAUGUCAUCUGCUGGUGUUGAUCCACUGUGUUUUAUUAUCAAGUCUAAAGCCAGUGCAGUUUUGUUCUUCCACAAAAUCUUACAACACUUCAUAUCUUACAGCUUCACUCUGCUACUGACAACUUUCAUGGAGAUGAGAAUUUCAUUUUCCAGCUGGACUUGGCACACUGCCCACACUGCUCCAAAAGUACCAAUUGGUCUUAUAUACAGCUCUGAAAAAAACGAGACAUUUUCAAAGUGAUGAGUUUCUUUAAUUUUACCUAAAUUGAAAACCUCUGGAAUAUAAUCAAGAGGAAGAUGGAUGAUCACAAGCCAUCAAACCAAGCUGACCUGCUUGAAUUUUUGCACCAGGAGUAAAGCAGCAUAAAGUUAUCCAACAGCAGUGUGUAAGACUGGUGGAGGAGAACAUGGUGCCAAGAAUGGCAUGAAAAUGCCAUGAAUAUGAACUUGUUUUCUUUGCAUUAUUUAAGGUCUGAAAGCUCUGCAUCUUUUUUUUUUCAGCCAUUUUAAAUUUUCUGCAAAUAAAUGCUCUAAAUAACAAUAUUUUUGUUUAGAAUUUGGGAGAAAUGUUGUGUGUAGUUAAUAGGAUAAAACAGCAAUGUUCAUUUUACUCAAACAUAAACCAAUAGAUAAAAAAUAAACGCUUACAAUAGA